AUGAGUGCCACUUGUUCGUCUGUAAAGCCAAUUUCAUCGAAUACCGAUGACAACAACGAAAAUAAUAAAGGAAAUAGCAAAAAUGAUUUCUUUACAAAACUUGCCAUUGAGGUGCUGCAUUUUAUCUUAAAUGAAUUGGAUGAAAAGGACCAAUUUAACCUUGCAUUAAGCUGCAAAUGGUUAUACCGGGUUUUUCGUAUUUAUUAUUUUGGGAUUGUCACACCAAAAUGGGAACCAUUCGAAUCUACAACCGCAGAUGGAAAGUAUUAUGGGCCGCCGGCUGCAAAUUAUCGAGACGGCGUAUUACUUAAUGGUGUGCUUUAUAUUCCAAUUUUGGUGGCUGAAGCACCCAUUUGUUGGUUACUUGAUUUCAAACGACUUGUUAUCAAGUGGAAAAAAGUAGAAAUUUCCAUGAAUUUAGAUAACAAAAAUGACUAUCAGCCUCUUCGAAAUACUGUUUCAACUGUAUUACGUGACCUCAUUUAUAUUUUUGGUGGCGAAACGCUCGCCGGCGAGCCCUCUAAUAUUUUCUACGAAUUAGACACGAAAAAUAUGAUAUUACGUACAGUUUGUUUUAAUGGAGAUGUUCUACCCUCCGCGAAAAUGUGGCACUCUUUCGAUAAAAUUGAUGAUCAACAUGUAGCACUUUUUGGAGGUCGUUCAUCAAUGACGGAUGAUUCUACUUCAAAAGAUGGCAUAAAAAGCUGCAGUAGCUUUUACGAUACCAAAGAUUUUUAUCUGUAUAGUGAUGUGGAGAAGAGUUGGCUCAAAUAUCCCGACGUUAACCACGGGCUCCCUUAUGCACGGUCGGCACAUUCAUCUUUGGUGGUUGGCUAUUCAUUGUAUAUCUAUGGUGGUCAACAAAUCAGCCUCAACAUCUCGAGCUCACAAUCUGACAUUCAUGAUAACGAAGAUCUAUGGGAAUUUAGCUUUGAAAGCAACACUAGAAAUAUCAAGAACAAUUUCUUGCAAAAUAAAUGGAAAAAAUUAUUCUCACCUCGUAUUUCCACAUCAUCAUUUUUUGGGCCCGAUAAUAAUGGUGACUGGAAGGAAACUACCGGAAAAAUAACGGGAAAAAGACGAGGCGCAGCAAUGUUCACAAUUGGAAAAAAAAUUGCAAUAUUAGGCGGAUAUGAAAAAGACAAUUGGAUGUAUGAAGAUAAUUGUAACAUUGUUCGACCUUGGGAAAUGUGCAAGUUGUAUUCACCAGAGAAAAGAAUUUGGAAUCAUAUUCGUAUUACUGGAAUUCCGGAAAUGGAAUGUAUAGCUAUUGCUAAAGAUCAGUCGGGACGACCAGAAAAUGUAUUUGUUAUUGGUCGAACAAAGGGCGACAACAACGACGAAAAUGAUAGAGAUAAAGGAAAACUUGUGAUGGGAUGGAUUCGAGAUAAUUCUUGA